AUGCGUUCAACAUCAGAGAACCCCUCUCCCACCCUGUCCCCCUUAUUUGCCAUCCAGGAGGUCAACCAGAAUCCUAAGCUUUUAUCCAACGUCACCCUGGGCUACAGCAUCUAUGAGGCCGCUUUUGAUGCCACAACAGCGGCUGAUGCCAUGCUAGACAGCAUUCCAAGCUACAGCUGUGGAGGACAGAAUAAUGUGUUAGCUGUUUUUGAAGACACAGCUACUGAAAUCUCCAGCCAGAUUUCAAAAAUCUUGAGCAUCUACAAAAUGCCUCAGAUCAGUUUGGGCUCUUCUGCUUAUGAUCUUAAAGGGAAAAAACAGUUUCCUUUUAUCUUCUGGAUGGUCCCAAAGGAAGAAACCCAGCACAUGGGGAUUGUCAAGUUGCUGCUCCAUUUUGGAUGGACUUGGGUCGGUCUCUUUGUUCCAGACAACGACAAUGGAGAAAGGUUCCUGAGUGCUUUCACGCCUCUGCUGACCCGUGGUGGGAUCUGUGUCGCUUUCUUGGAAAAAAUGCCUUUUUUCAUCGUGGAAAUGUCAUCCUUGCAUUGUAAACCAUCUGUCCUGAGACAAGUCAAGGUGUUCAUUUACUAUGGAGACUCUGAGUACAGAAUUCAUAUUAUUAGAUACUUACAAAAGAUGCCUGAAGUGCAGAAAUCUCAGGGGAAUGUCUGGAUCACAGCAAAUAUUCCAGACAUUGACGAUAUGUUGUUUGGAAAUAUGCCUUACCACCCGCCUGCCCAAGGUUCUUUGUCCUUUGUAAUGAAUACCCCAAAAAGGACAGAACAUGGCUACUAUACUCGACUUAAAUCUGCAUCUAAAACGUUUUGGCAGAGGGCAUUCUAUUGCUCAUGUUCUAACAAUGUGCAGUCCAUGGAGGGUUGGACAAGAUGCACAGAAAAGGAACAACUGGAAACUUUGUCCCAGGAAGAGAUUGAGGCAAUCUGGUCUCAAGAUCGCUACAGCAUUUACUACGGUGUCCAACUUGUGGCUCAGGCCUUAAAUGCUGCAUAUUCAUCCAGAUCCAAAUGGAGGUUAAUGGCGGGUGGAGGAGACAGACUGGAACUUCAAAAGUUGCAGCCAUGGCAGCUUCACGCUUUCUUAAAAGAAAUCCAGCUUUCUAACACAUCCAUAGGAGGAAUGUAUUUUGAUAAGAAUGGGGAGCUGACUGCCAACUUUGAUAUCGUGAACUGGGUCGUGUUUCGCAAUAGAUCUCACAGCAGAAUGAAAGUUGGGAGCAUCGAGGGACGGGCAUCCUCCGACGUAAAGCUCACCAUUAAUCCAGAAGCCAUUGUGUGGCCUGGGAACUUCAGCAAGACAAUUAUGGAUGUAAGAAUUUUGUUAGAGAUACUGAAGUCCUUCUUCUUCUCUUCAGAUGCAAAGCAUUGCACCAAAUGCCCAGAAGAUCAGCAUGCAAAUCAAGCGCGAGACAAAUGUAUCCCCAAGACUACAACAUUUCUCACUUAUGAAGAACCCUUGGGGAUUGUCCUGGUUUCCUUUGCCCUCUUCUUGUCCUUGACCACUGGCGUUGUGCUAGGAAUCUUCAUUAAAUACAAGGAAACUCCCAUAGUCAAAGCUAAUAAUCGGGACCUCUCCUAUAUCCUCCUCAUCUCCCUCCUGCUUUCCUUUUUGUCCUCUUUCCUGUUCAUCGGCCGACCAAGCAAAGUGACCUGCCUUCUCCGACAAACAGCCUUCAGCAUCAUAUUUUCAUUUGCCGUUUCUUCUCUGUUGGCCAAAACCAUCACUGUGGUGCUGGCCUUCCUGGCCACAAAGCCAGGGAACAAGGUGAGAAGAUGGCUGGGGAAGAGUCUGGCCAACUCCAUUGUCCUUUCCUGUUCUGGUAUGCAAGUUGUCAUCUGUAUCAUCUGGCUGGGAGUCUCCCCACCCUUCCCAGACUCCGAUAUGCACUCCCAAGCUGGAGAGAUCAUCCUUCUAUGCAAUGAAGGGUCUGUUGCCAUGUUCUACACUGUCAUUGGCUACAUGGGCUUCCUGGCUGCCAUCUGCUUCACAGUGGCUUUUCUAGCCAGAAAGCUUCCAGGGUCCUUCAACGAAGCCAAGCUGAUCACCUUCAGCAUGCUGGUCUUCUGCAGUGUUUGGGUCUCUUUUGUGCCCACCUACCUGAGCACAAAAGGGAAGUUCAUGGUAGCCGUGCAGGUCUUCACUAUAUUGGCCUCAAGUGCUGGGCUUCUGGGUUGCAUCUUCAUUCCCAAGUGCUACAUUAUCAUCCUCAGGCCUGAUCUGAACACAAAGGCACAUCUUACUACAAAAAGUGAAGGUGGUAGUAUCUGA